AUGAAUAGAGGUCCUAAUGAAUUUCAAAAGUAUGCACGUGUUUUCCAACAACAACUGUCAAAGGUGAACGGUGGAAAUGGUGCUCGUGGACCCGGAGGUCGUGGUAGUCCAGCAGGGAUGUUUGCAGGACUUGGUGGGUUAAUAUUACUUGGUGGUGGUGCUUUAUUGUUGAAUAACUCUUUGUUUAAUGUGGAUGGUGGUCACAGAGCCAUUGUGUACUCGAGAAUAGGUGGUGUUUCCAACAGGAUCUAUAAUGAAGGUACGCAUUUUGUGAUUCCAUGGAUUGAAACUCCUAUAAUAUACGAUGUAAGAGCUAAACCUCGUAAUGUUGCAUCCUUGACCGGUACAAAAGAUCUACAAAUGGUGAAUAUUACUUGUAGAGUCUUAUCGAGACCUGAUGUGAAACAAUUACCAGUGAUUUAUAGAACAUUAGGGCAAGACUAUGGUGAACGUGUUUUGCCAUCUAUUGUCAAUGAAGUAUUGAAAUCUGUUGUUGCACAAUUCAAUGCAUCACAAUUGAUUACCCAAAGAGAGAAAGUGUCGAGAUUGAUUAGAGAAAAUUUGGUUCGUCGUGCAAAUGGAUUCAAUAUCAUGUUAGAUGAUGUAUCGAUCACUUUUAUGACUUUCUCCCCUGAAUUCACAAAUGCUGUAGAAGCUAAACAGAUUGCACAACAAGAUGCUCAAAGAGCUGCCUUUGUUGUUGAUAAAGCAAGACAAGAGAAACAAGGGAUGGUUGUGAGAGCGCAAGGUGAAGCCAAAUCUGCAGAAUUAAUUGGUGAAGCCAUUAAGAAGUCCAAGGACUAUAUCGAAUUGAAAAGGCUAGAUACCGCCAGAGAAAUUGCAUCAAUAUUGGCUAGUUCGCCAAACAAGGUAGUUUUAGAUAAUGAAUCAUUAUUAUUGAACACAUUGAUCGAUGCUAGACUCGACGGUAAGAAGAAAUAG